AUGUCCAGAGCCAGGAGGUUAUCUAUUCGUGGAGUAAGAAACUUCGGCGAUGAAACUGAACAAAUUAUCAGGUUUACUCGCCCGUUGACGUUAAUUAUCGGGCAAAAUGGUGUCGGCAAGACGACAGUCAUUGAAGCCUUACGUUACGCUACUACUGGUGAAUUUCCCCCAGGAUCAGAGCGUGGAAAAGGAUUUAUUCAUGAUCCUCGUCUAAAGAAAUCUGUCGCUCAAGUACGAGGAGUUGUCAAAGCAGAGUUUAUUGACAAAAAUAAUGAGAUAGUAACAGUCCGUCGAACAAUAGAGUCAUCAAAAAAAGUUAACACUCUGACUUUCAAAACUGUCGAAAAUACUAUUUCAAAAAUAGACAAGCUGUCUGGUGAAGAGUUUCAAAUAAACCAACGGUGUGCAGAUAUCGACAAAGAAAUCACUUCUUCGUUGGGUUUAACCCCUGCAAUAUUGAACAACGUGAUUUUUUGCCACCAAGAUGACUCAAACUGGCCUAUGGAUGAUUGCAAGAAACUUAAAGACCGGUUUGAUGAGAUUUUCGACACUACUCAGUACAACAAAGCCAUCGAGUUGCUGCGUAAGACUAUCAAGCUCAAGACAGCUGAGGUGAAAGAGUUUCAAUUGGAACUGAACGCUUUGUCGAUCCUGGUCUCAGAGGUCACUCUCAAGGAAACUAAACUUCAAGAAUACACAGAUCGUAGGUCUCAAGCAACGGAAAAUAUUGAAAAGCUGAUUUGUCGUCUUGAGCCAGUGAGACAGGAAAUUUCUCAGAAAAAAAGUGAUGAGGUACGGUAUGCCACUCUGACAAAUGAUAAAGAAAAAAAAGAUGUUGAGUUAAAUUUAGCCAAACAGAAAUACGCGUCUUUGAAACAAUCUAUUAAAGAUUUGUUCUCUGGGUCCAAUGAAGAGCUAGAGGCUAUUGUUCAGUCCUACGAUGAAGGCUUUGAAGAAAAAAAUUCUAAAAUUACUAAAAUAGAAUCUACAAUUCAAGAUUUGACGCAAAAUGAGUCUAAAAUUUACAAUUCCUGUGCAGACCAAAAAGUAAAUGUUGGAAUUUUACGCCAACAAUUACAGGAUCAAGCUCGGAAGAUCAAAGACCGUAAUUUGACCCUGAAUGAAAUUCUUCGCUCUCAGAAUUUAGAAAAAAUUGAUGAUAAAACUUCUGAAGAGAUCAUCCAGAACUCUGUAGAAGAAGUUAUUUCCAAGUUACACAAAUUGGAGGAAGAUGUUAAUGAAAUGCGUCAAAAACACGAUAAAAAAGAAGCUGAAUUGGACAAGUCAGUUAAUCUUUCGAGGAAUGAGCGAGCAAAAAUUGAUUUUGAGCUUAAACAGAGUCAAAAAGAAAUAACUGAGCUUCGGGAGCAAAUAAAAGUCGCAAGAGCAAGAAUUGCCAAGGGCGAGGAUGACUUACAAAAGCUAGAAGCUGUCAACGCUAAGUUGGAGAGAGUCAGUAAACAGGUGGACGAAAUUUCUUUAGCUGUCAAACAAGGGAAUUUCUCGCAAAAAAUCGUGGCUAAAGAAAGAGAGCUUGAGAAACAAGAGCUAGAGUCGGCGAAAAUAGAUAUUUUGUUGUCGAAGAUGCAGGAUGCUAGUUCUCUAAAAGUAAAAUUCGAAAAUUUGACAACAGAAAUAAAUGUCAAGUGGAGAGAAAUUGAUGAGCUGAAGAAGAAACACGGUGAUAGUAUUAAAAAAUUACUGGGAGUUAAUGAAGUUCCUUCUUCACAGUUGAAAGAUCGAGUGAACAGAGUUCAUCAGACGCUAAAUGAGCGACUUGUUAAAUUGAAACAAGAAAUAGCUAGUGAGCAAAGCAAAGCAACAACCCUUGAAACGACAAUAAACCAUGCGAAGAAAGAAUUCAAUGCUAAGAUUGGAGAAAAUCAAAGAGACAAAGAAAGAAUUAUGACGCACUGUCCUGAUUAUAAUAAUUUUGAAGAGCAUUUACUGCUUGUUAGUAACGAAGUCAAGAAAUUGCAGAAUAAGCGCGGAAUGUAUGCGUACCAGGGAGUUGCUUACGCGACGUAUGUAGAAAAACUUUCGAGUGAGGAUCCUUGCUGUCCUUUGUGUGACCGCGGGUUCGAACAACAAGAAGGAGCACUGAAAGUGAUCGAGAAUCUUAACCAAGAUCUGAAGAACCACCCAAAGCGUCUGAAGUCUUGUGAGGAUGAGCUUAACUCUUUGCGCACAAAGCAUGAUACUUUGUUGUCUCUAAAGACUACGGUUGAAAAAGUCAUCAAGUUUGAUAAAGAAGAAAGAGAGAAGAUGAGUUCCAAUAUCGCGGCAAUUCAGAAACAAUUGGAGGCUAAGAACAGCAGGAUAACUGAGCUGCAGUUACUGACAGGGGAGCCGGAGAAGAAAAUAUUGAUGUGUAAUAAUUUGUCCGGGGACCUUGCACUUUGGGACAAGUGUCUGGUUGAAGUAGAGAAGCUUCAGGAUACUCAUGAAGAAGUACAGGUUCAAGUUAUUGAGUUGGGGCUUCCGGAUAAGACGAUAGAAGAAGUAAGAAGUGAAAAUGAGGCUUGCAAGCAGAAGAUUAAAAAGCUGAGGGAUGAAAUAGGUCUUUUGAGAGAGCAGUCAGAUAAAAUGAACAAUAAUCUACGCGAGGCUACCAAUGCAAGGUCUUCUUGUCUGGAGGAGCAACUCCAGGUUCUCAAUGAGGUCCAGGAGGUGAAGCAGCUCCAGGAGAACUUGAACAAGUGGGUGGAGCGAGAGAGUUGCUUGAGGGAGAAUCUUCAGAAGCUUGGCAAGCAACUUGUAGAGGCUGAUGGCAAGUUAGACGAGGUAGUGCGCCUAGCGGAGGAAGUUAAGGUUCAAAAUCGAGAGCAGCAAGAUAGAGCUCGUAAGAGGCUACAAGAAUUUACAAAGCAGGUGGACAAAUUGAUGAAUUUGCAGACGGAUGUGAGUAACUUGUUGGCUAAAAAAAUAGGCGCCAAGUUGAAGAAUUUAGAAGAAGAGAUGCGUGAUAAUGAGAAGCUGCUUGCGGAUAUCAAAGAGGAAGUUACGGGGUUAGAGGAGAAAUUAGUUGGGCUAAAAGAGGAUAUUUCUUGUCAUGAAAUGAAGAGACGGAAUUUGCAGGACAACCGAGAGCUGAGAACCUGCGAAAAGUCUAUUAGACUGUUGUCGCAAGAAAAGGACAAUUUGAAAAGUGAAAUCCAGGGGAUAAAUAUUGAAAAGGUUCGACAGGAUCUUCAAUCGCUUCAGCAGAGAGUCGUAAAUUUGGAAAAAGAGAUCAAUAUUGCGAGAGGAACUCAGCAAGAAUUGAAUCUGAACAUCGAGCAUCUGAACAGUGAGCUUCAGAAGGAAGAGUACUACACUGCUAAGAUGAAUUACAAGCGUAAGUGGCUGGAAAAGUCCAUCACUGAGGACGCGCUGAAAGAUAUGGGUGUUUACUGCACUGUUUUGGACGCUGCGAUGUCCAAGUACCACGAAGAUAGAAUGACCAGUGUCAACAAGUCGAUGAGAAAUUUAUGGAACCACAUUUACAACGGCUCAGACACUUCAUCUAUUCAAAUUAGAACUGAAGCGGCGAACACCGCUGGAGCCUCGAAUAGGCGCAGCUUUAAUUACAGGUUGGUGCAGAUAAAACAUGGAGAAGAGAUCGAAAUGCGAGGUCGUUGCAGCGCUGGUCAGAGAGUCUUGGCUUCCAUUGUCAUCCGUCUGGCUUUGGCGGAGACCUUCUGUGACCAGUGCAGCAUGCUCGCGCUGGACGAACCGACCACUAACUUGGAUGAAGGUAAUUCAGCGAGUCUCGCUGAAACUCUGUUUAACUACGUCAUGCUCCGCUCCAAGUACCAGAAGUCGUUUCAGCUUAUCAUCAUUACUCACGAUGAACAUUUCAUUAAAAAAUUGAGCCAGCUUAAUACUUCCUCUGGGUUCUAUCACCUGUAUAGAAAUGAUAAGGGUUUAACGCAGAUUCAGUACUUAGUUUUUGAUAAGGAAGAGGCUGCUGAGCAAGAUACUGCACCUGAUGACGGCCAAAGCGAUGAUGAGCAGAAAAAAGCUGCAAAGAAAAAUACUUCCGUGCAGACCAAAAAACGCCAGGCUCCUACGAGUAACUUCCCCGGUGCUUCGAAAAAACCUUAUGAGUUUUCUUUGUAA